ACUCCACUCAUCACUCCAUCACUGGCCGACCUGAGAAAAUACUACCUGUGACUUGCCUACGACUAGUUAACCAGCAAAAUCACCAUGAAGGUCCUGAGCAUCUCUGUAUUACUCUGUGUGGCCUUGACUCUAAGGGAAGCAGCAGGGCAGCAGCAGGCUGUGGCAGUGGAACAACUAAGCAUUGUUCCAGUUCUAGAGGAGGCUAAAGAGACUGGGCCACUGAAGCCACUGGGUGACGCUCCAAUGGAGACCAUAGUAGAACUGGUAGAAAACAAAGUAGAGCUUGCUCUACCUGAAGAAGGGGAAGCUGAGGCUGAUGCUCUUGCGCUGGUCCAAGCACCAGGGAUAAGGUUGUUGUACUGCCCUGAUGGUUGGUACCAACAUCAGUCGCGCUGUUUCCUCUUUGUGAACUCAUACUUGCCGUGGCACAACGCAGAGGAACACUGCAACACUCUGCAUGCAAACCUGGCCUCCGUUCAGAACCCCCGACAGUAUCGCUUCCUGCAGCAGUUAACGACAAUGGCCAACCGGCACAGCGCGUGGAUCGGUGGAUUCCAUCUCCAAGACAGGUGGCUGUGGAUCGACCGUGUAGGAUUCUACUACGAAAACUGGUACACACACCUUGAUGUGGACCGCAACGCUUGCAUCCAUCUGCGCACCUCAGUGGGCUGGUCAAAUGCUCACUGUGGCACAGGUCUCCCAUUCAUCUGUGUGAAAAUGUCCUGUUAGUCAAGAUUGUGCUUCCUGCCAGCAGCAUGAUUUCAGUACGAGAAAGAAUUGUUAGUUGGUUCAUGUUAUUUCUAACUGCUUUCAGCAUUUUAGCGUAAUGAAUCCAGGCUGCAUCACAUCCGGCCGUGAUUGGGAGUCCUAUAGUGAGGCGCACAAUUUGCCCUGUCGUCCGGGUUUGGCCGGGGUAGGCCGCCAUUGUAAAUGACAAUUUGUUCUAAACUGGCUUGCCGAGUUCAAGGUUCAAUAAAAAUAAAAAACAUUGAUUUUA